CACACCCUCCUCCUCUUCUUCCCUCCCCAUCUUCUCGGCCAUGGUGAACUCCGACGAUGAGACCACACCGGCUCGCCAUCUUGUCAGUACCUCUGUGCAGCUGCUUCCCUCCCCUCCCACUACGGACGGCAUCGACAUCACCCGCUUCAUCAAGUUCAAGCUCGACGCCGAGAUCGGCAACUACAACAAGUGGCGCAACUUCUCCCUCUUCGUCCUCCCCAAGUUCGACGCACGUGAUCAUGUCGAGGAGGAAACCGAUCCGCAUCUGGCCGAUGCGACCUGGCGCUCCGCCGACGUCGACAUUGUCAUCUAGAUCUACACCACCAUCUCCGAUGAACUCCAGGACGUCAUCCUCCAAGCCGACAGCACAGCCUUCACCCCCCGGCGCGCCCUCGAGCACUUCUUCACUGAAACGCCGAAGGACGCGAGAUCCACCUCGACAAAGAGUUCCACAGCAUCAAGCAGGGCGAUCUGGGCGUGAUCGCCUACUGCCGCAAACUUAAGGGUGUCGCUGAUCAACUCGGGGAUGUCGGCGCCCCUAUCACUGACAAGAAACUCACGAUGCGCCUCAUCGACGGCCUCGAUCGGCGGUUCAAGACGCAGGGCGAGCUUCUGUCAGGAGGCACGUCAUUCCCUUCGUUCAUGCAGGCCCAGUCCCGUCUCCAACUCGAUGAACAGAAGCUCAAGGCCGAGGCUGCGCAGCCUCCUCAAGUCCUGCACACCAACACCACCACCAACCAUGCCUCCGACGCGCCAGGGUACGGCUUCAACGGCAACUGCUAUGCAUGCGGCGCACCCGGGCACCUGGCCCGCAACUGCACUCGCGGCGGUGAUCGUGGUCAACACGGUUACGGGCAGCAGGGCCGCGGCGGUGGAAACCAGUACGGGCGCGGCGGCCAACCCAUGUACAACCACCAGCAGCCAGGGUACGGUGGCCAGAACACCUACGGCAACCACGGAUACAAUGGAUGUGGGCGUGGCCGUGGGCGUGGACGCGGUGACUUCGGCGGCCGUGGCGGGCCUCACCCCGGCUACUGACAGCGUCAGCCUUAUGGGUACGGCCAGCAGCAGCAGACGUACCAGCAGCAGCAGUGGGUGCCGCCCAACGCCACUGGCGUUCUCGGCCCUCGCCCUGGCGUGCACUCUCAGGUGUACCCCAUGAUCGCCACCAACCCUGCUCCACCCAUGGCAUCUGCGCUCAUCCCGCCACCAGCCUCGUCGUAUGACUACUCGGCCAUGUUCAGCUCUGCACCCAGCAACACCACCGGCCUGUACCCCGGCGGCGAAUGGGUCAUGGAUUCCGGCGCCACCACCCACGUCACCAACAGCCAAGGACCUAGCCACCAAGCAAAUCCUCAUGCGCUCCAGUAGCAGCGGCGAGCUCUACACCUUUUACGGCGAUCUCCAGUUCCCCGAUGUGGCCUUGACAGUCUCCUCCACCCGUGAUCUGUGGCACAGCAGGCUUGGCCAUCCAAGCUCCAGUAGUCUUUCCAAGCUAUCUAGUUUUCUUCCACCAUCAUGUAAUAAUUAUAGUGCUCCGUCUCCCAUUUGUGAGGCCUGCAAGUUAGGGAAACAACCGAGACUUUCCUUUCCCACCUCUUCUAGCUUUACUACAUCUCCUUUUCAAAUUAUACAUUGUGAUCUUUGGACGUCUCCUAUUGUUAGU